CCAAUUAGCAAUUCAAUCUUCGUUCUUCUUCUCGAAUAAUUCAUCGAUGGAUCACAGGUUCCGACCUCGGUUCUUUUGCAUCUGUUGUUGUUAAGUGAUCUAACAGAGGUCAAAAGGAUACAAUGUGUAUAAGUGAUGACAGAAACAUUCAAGAAGUGAAUUUGGCAUAGAUGGGAAGGGAGUUGUACAUGCAUCUUAUUCAGAAAUAUCUGCUUUCAGGGGAUUAGUAAUGUUUCUUCCCAUGUUGGACUCAAAAACUAUACAUUUUCCAACUAUUAUUUAUAGGCCAAUGCAGCCUUCUGAUCUUGAUGCUCUUGAACAAAUCCAUGCUGCCUUGUUUCCAAUAAGCUAUGAGAGACAAUUCUUUCUAAAUGUUGUUAACGAGCAUGGCAUCGUCUCUUGGGCUGCUGUUGUCGUUAACGAGCUUGAUGGGCGAGGUGAUGAACUUGUUGGAUUUGUCACCACAAGGACUGUUGGAGCAAGAGAUAGUGAGGUGGAUGAUUUUCUACUAUAUGAUAUUUCGAGGAAAGAUGCAACGCUAGUGUAUAUAUUGACUCUCGGUGUGGCCGAACAUUAUCGGAACCUUGGAAUAGCUACUUCACUUAUCCAAGAAGUUAUAAAAUAUGCUUCGAGUAUUACAAGUUGCAGAGCCGUUUAUCUACAUGUUAUUGCUUACAAUCAUCCAGCCAUCCAUUUUUAUAAGAAAAUGCUCUUUAAGCUUGUUAAAAGGUUACAGGAAUUCUACUACAUAAACGGGCAACAUUAUGAUUCGUACUUGUUUGUUUACUAUGUAAAUGGUGGCCAAGCUCCUUGCUCUCCGCUGCAAAUUAUGGCAGCAGUUGCAGCAUACUUUAAGGGCAUAUUGAAGUCCCUGUCAGAGAAAUUCUGGAAUAACGAUGAGAGGAAGAUUUCAAGAUGGUCCAAGUGUAAAGAAACCAGUACUCUCCUAGUCACACAAAACUCGAGAAUCUUGAGUCCAGAUAGUCCUAUGUGCGACGCUGUUUAAAAGCAAUGGGAUCAAGGAUCUGGGUAUAUCGAAGGCUUGCUUCAAAAUUUUGGAUGAUUGCGUGACCAUCUCAUUGCUUUCAGUCAAUUUAGUGUUACAUAAUGUAUUAUACAUGUAUAACUGUUUUUGAGCUUCAUGCACAUUCGUCACAUAUGUCUUCUUUGUAGAAUUUUAGCUGUUGUAUCUUAGUUUGAAGUUUGGAGGAAAUAAAAUUAUUUUUUCCCUUUAUGCAA